CACUUCUCAUCAUCCGCACCCUUACGUAGCUCACAAUGCUGAGCAUUUUGCUGCUCAGCCUUUUGGGAACGGCGCCUGUUUUGGCGCUCGACGCAGCGACCAGCCAUCGCCUGCUGAAGACUGGGCGACCGCAGAUUGGGCUUUGGCAAGCGCUGAGGGCGCAGGAGAAGUCGGACUCUCUCUUCGCUGAGAGUAAUGUUCAGACAACAUUUGCAGAGCCUAAAUACAAGGCACACUGUUUCGAUCAGCGCAUAUCGCAUUCAGGCGAGGUUAACGGUUCAUUCUGCCAGCGCUACUGGCUCGACGACCAGUACUACAAGCCCGGUGGGCCCGUAUUCCUGCUCGAUGGGGGGGAGACUGACGGCGCUGACCGUCUUCCCUUCCUGGAGUCUGGCAUCUUGCAAAUCCUUUCCAACGCCACCGGAGGGCUGGGCAUCGUCCUCGAGCACCGAUACUACGGGGAGUCUGUGCCAGUCAAGUCAUUCUCAACCGACGACCUCCGCUUUCUGAACAACGCCGACAGUCUUGAAGACUCUGCCAACUUCAUUCGCAACUUUCAACCACCUAAGCGCCUUGCUCUUGAGGCCGAUGCGCUCAAGCCUAAGCAUACGCCGUGGAUCUACUAUGGAGGCUCGUACGCUGGGGCGCGUGCGGCCUUCAUGCGCAAGGAAUAUCCGGAUCUGGUGUGGGGAGCAAUUGCCAGCAGCGCGGUGACCCACGCACAGAUCAACAUGGCCGAGUACUUCGAUCCAAUCCAGAAGUACGCAGACCAGAAGUGUAUUUCCACGUUGCAAAGUGCGAUUCGCAUUAUUGACACGUUACUGGAGCUCCCUCACCCCGUCCCAUCGUUGCUGAAGGGCCUGUUUGGUGUGGCUGAGCUCGAGAAUGAUGAUUUUGGCGGCGUGCUCCAGUCUCCUCUAGGUUAUUGGCAGGCGCGAAAUUGGAACCCGGAGGUCAGCAGCAACGGCUGGGACGUGUUCUGUGAUGCACUCACGAGCGGAGGCCAUGGUGGCCGUAUUGGAUUGCUCAAGAUCGCACCUGCCGUUAUGAACUACGCCAAGUACAUCCGAGAGCAUGUCGUCGCGUACUGCCCCACAGAUGCAGUUGACUGCUUCGGGACACACAAUGACACCAAGUUUGAGGUUGACGACCUCGACCAGACUUGGCGCCUCUGGCUCUUCCAGGUCUGCACGCAGUGGGGGUACUUUAUGCCGGCACCUAAGGAUGGUCCGUCUAUUCUAUCCAAGCACGUCACGCUUGAGUACACUUCCAACAUUUGCAAGCAAGCGUAUCCGCCCGGCAAGUACUUUGCGGUUCCCAACUGGCCGAAUGUGACGGACGUCAAUGCGCGGGGUGACUAUGAGCUGGAGGCCCACCGGCUGGCCUACAUCGACGGAGAAGCUGACCCUUGGCGCACCAUGACGCCGCAGGCCGACAUCGUGCCCAAGCGCAAAUCGUCCGUUGACAAGCCUCUUCAUCUGAUCGAGGACGGGGUGCACCACUGGGAUGAGAACGGUUUGGAAAACCAUGACCUCGAGCCCCCGGCAAUCCGCAAUGUGCACAACUUCGAGAUACUCUUCGUGCAAGAAUGGCUGUCUCAGUUCCGCGACGACAAGCAUUCGUAGAAUCUAGAUUGAAGUAGAAGCCUGACAAACAAGCUUGGGUAGGUAUUCGCAAUGUAAGCGUCGAUGUGCGGCGGCGAAGUGAUGAACAAACCUGCGAAGGUAACCA